AUGGUCAAGGCAAUCGCUCUCCUGGCGUCUGCCGUUCUGGCGCUUUCCAGCGCCACUCUCCGCGCCAACGCAGCGUGCGAGUGCGGCUACCUAGACCCCUCCACCAACCAUCUCUGGACCGAUGCCUCCUUCAGCUACUUCAACGAGACUGGACUCGAGGACAUCGUCAUGGAUCCCACCAAGUCCCCCAAGGUUGACGGCGCAGAAACGGCCGGUGAGACAGGUGACGGCCAACAGACCUGGUCUGCGGUCGGAAAUCACAUCAACCCGUACGAGGAGUCGUUCGGCGCAACCUACCUCAGCGCUGUCAGCUACAACAACACCUACAUUGACAACCGCACCGACGGUCUUGCCAUGCAGGUUUCCACCGCCAACCAAAAAACGCACGUGGUCAACGGCUCCAGCAUCGUCACUCGCCGUCGUGACAUUCUCUACGGCUCCUUCCGCGCCAGUGUCAAGCCCCCAUUCAUCAAGCCCAUUCCCGGCUCCGACCGCGGUUACGGUUCUGGCUUCCAGUUUGCUCUGUCGUACAACGCCUCGGAGCGCAUGCACGUCAACAUCCUCACCAACGACUACAUGCCCAACUCGACGCUCGGCUGGUCCUUUGCAGCCACCCGAUGGGACGACGACCCGGUCAAGACCAACCUCACUUACCUCCAGAACUUCACCAUCGCCAACGAGACCGCCUUCCUCGAGCACCGAAUGGAGUGGCUCAACCAGACCGUCAUCCAGUACAAGAACGAUGCCGAGAACAAGUCGGUCAGCUUCUUCCAGUACAAGAAGGGCAGGAACACCGUCAACCUUCCUACCACUCCAGCUCCCGUCUCGCUGCAGGCCUGGGCCAACGGCGAGCCUUCGUCUUCGCAGGGUCCCCCUGCCUAUGAGCCCAACGUGGUGCGCGUCAUGUACACGCGCUUCUUCUUCAACUCUUCGCGCGUCGAGCGUCACGACCAGUUCACUGCGCAGUGUGCUGCUGCUGCCAGCUCCGCCAACGCCGUCUGCAGCACCGAAGACUACACGCUGCGAGCCAGCACUCCCUUUGAUCUCGUUGCUGCUCAGCAGUUCAAGCCCAAGAAGACCAAGUUCUCGGUGCCCAUCUGGGCUGCUGCUAUCGAGCUCUUCUUCCUGCUUAUCCUGAUCGUCACGGUGGUGCAUGGUCUGUACAUCCGAAAGAUCAAGGAGCAGCAGAAGAAGCGCAAGGCAGCCGCACUCGCACUCGCCGAGGAAGAGGAGAAGCAGGCGCAGCUGCUCGAGUAUGAUGACAUCAACGACAAGACCGACUCGCCCCGCUCGCGCGCCGCUGCCGACUUUGAGAAGCCGUACAAGCAGAUCUGGGCCGUCCCCGAGCUCAUGGAUGACUGGGGCUCGGACGACGAGAGCGACAUUGACGAGGACGACGAGCGCUUCUGGGAAUCGGCCGAUGUGUUGCGCAGCACCAACUACCAGGAGGACCGCGAGGCCACUCGACCCGGUCUGCCUCAGUUCGAUGAAGCGGCCGCCAUGAAGCCCUCGAUGAGCGCCGAGAGCAUCGAGAGCCUCAGGUUGCCCGCCGACAACAGACCAUCUUCGCCUCCGCGCAACAUGGGCUCGCCGCGAAUCGGCGAGCAGGCCGACGCGGCCUGGGGAUCGCACAGCCGCUCCAACAGCGCCAACCGCAUCCCCGCCGCCAACCAGUUCCAGCUGGUCAACCGACCCAACUUCCCGCGUGAGAACUCGAACCUCCGUCAACAGAUGGCUGGCCGCAUGAACCGCAACAAUCCGUACAACACGGGCGCCGGCAACAUAGGUCCCACCACUGGAGGCGUUGGCAGCAGCCCUCGCUUUGACGAUGUCGAGGAGGAGGAGACGCUUGCCGCCGGAGACCGCAGCAGCUCGGGAAGCAGCACGUACCCGCCCAACCGACCCGGACUGAACCGCUUCGAUUCGUACGAGUCGGACAUCCAGGUGCCCACCAACACGCACGAUUCGGCGCGCACGCAGCGAUACCUCCAGGACAGCAGCAGCAACGUCAGUCUGCCCUACAUUGCUCCCAAGUACGCCGCAUCGGGCGGCCUCAACUCUGCGGCCAACUCGACCGCCUCGCUGCUCAACUACAGCGGCUCGGGCGGUGGCAACGGCAACGGCGUUGGUGCAAGCCACGGAUACUCGUCGUCGAUCAACAUCAACUGGGACACGGAGCCCAAGAUCAUCCAGUGGAACAAGCGUAAGAGCAUGGGUGUGGACCUGACCAUUGGUCAGCUCGCCCAGCCCGCCAUGGGUGACAAGAAUGCUGCGCGUCGUCUGUCGACGGUGGUGAAUGCGGCGCCAAACAACGCGCACUCGUUCCUGACGAUCGUCUACAGGCGCGUAUACAACUUCUUCUUCAUCUCGGGUGACGGCAUGAAGACGGCCUCGGGUGAUGCGCGUAUCGACUACCUCGACGGCAUGCGUGGAUUCGCCUGUCUCUUUGUAUCGCUCGGUCACUUUAUCCUCAUGUUCUACAACGCCAUGGCCAACUUCUACGGACCUCACCACUACUACGGCUUCGAGUACUGGAUCCGCGUCAUCUUUGGGCCCAUCGUCAUCAACGCUGGUCUGGUGCUGGGUAUCUUCUUCCUGCUCCCCUCGCGUACGAUGGGUUCGAGGUACCUCGUCAAGGGAGGUGUGCAGUCGCUCGCCGACAACUCGGUUCGUCGUAUGCCGCGUCUGAUCAUCCCCGCUGCGGGUGCGUGCUUGGCCAACUACAUGAUGAUCGACGUGGGUGCGUACAAGUGGGUGGCACGCAUGAACUCGCUCACCUGGUCCACGUGGUCGUACUACCAGAACUACGACAAUGCGCUCGACUUCCUCGACUCGUUCAUCGCGCUCUGGUGGGCCGGCCCUCCCGACCAGCCCGCUCUGGUCACCCGCUACGCCACCGGUGUGCUUUGGACGAUCCCUGUCAUUGUUCAGGGUGCCUGGACGUGUAUGCUGUGCGCCGUGUUUGCGCACGAGAUCAAGACCACGUGGAAGCGCUUCUUCUUCUACUUUAUCUGCAUCCUGCUCUCGUGGUACGCGCAGACGUGGGAUCUGUUCUUCAUGGCGGGUCUCGUGAUUGCCGAUCUGGACAUCAACCUCAAGUACCGCAAGUGGGGCGAGAUGGGUAUUCCUCUGCUGCCCAAGGGCUACGCCAAGCUGCUGCGCAUCCCGGAACGCAUCCGCCAGAAGUUUGCGCUCAAGGGCAAGAUUGUUCCCUGGGCCUUCUUCCUCGCCUGCUGUGUGCAGGAGUGGCUGACGUACAUCCCCGGCGCGCCUGCCGAGAACUUUGACGUGUGGGAUGUGGGUGUGCACCCGAACUUCUACAACUCGAGGCCGAACAAGUGGAACGAGGACGUCGGCUACAAGUACCAGCGUCCCAGGACCUCGGCGUGGUUCUUUGUGAUGAGCAUCUUCAUUCUCGCCGACCACUCGAGCGCCUUCCGCCAGGUGUUCAAGCUGCGCAUCUGGAGCUUCCUCGGCAAGCACUCGAUGGCCUACUUCCUGCUGCACGGUAUCAUCUUCUGGACCUGGGGCUCUUGGCUCUGCGUCACGAUGCUCACCCGGGGCAUCAGCUACUUUGCCACCAUCAUGGUCGUGUUCGUCACGAGCUACUUCUGGCUCACCAUCUUCUGCGUCUGCUUCACCUACACCUUCGAGUACUGGGGCAUCAUCGCAUCCAAGGCCUUCUGGCGUGCCACCUCGGGCAACCUUGGUCGUCGUGCCGGCGCCUAG